AAACCUUUUUUCUUUAAUAUUUGCUAUUUUAUGUUUCCAAUAAAUUGAACAUUGUUAAAAUUUAAGGGAAAAAUGAUAUGUGACUUUUUAAAUGAUCCAAAUGCUUUUCUAAAAAAGUACUCUAUAUCUACCUCUGCCUUUUACUAUAUUAAUAAAAAUUACAAAUAUUUUAUUAAAAUAAAAAGACUUUGGUAUAAAGUGGUGGUCUCUGGAGUAUGAUUUUUCAGCGCAUUUAAAAGAUGAAGAUAACCAAGACAACAAAGGAUCUAAAUAUCAGAUAAUAUGGUUCAAGAAACACAAUAUAUUUAGCCUGUGAGUGAGCAGACGUGAUGAAGAGAUUUCUAACUUCAUAAAGCUCAAUAUACAAGUUGUUAACAAUUUGUUUGCUGUUGCCCCCAAAGGCAGAAUUUAUGGGUGGGAAUUAUUAUUAGGCAAGAAUUAGAGUAACAGGAAUUGGCUUCCUUUAAUUAUUUAGUUAUUUAUUGUUUCUGUUGUUCAAUUGUUUACCACUGUUCAUGACCCCCCUUUUGUUGGCAAAGAUACCAGAAUGGUUUGCCCUUUCCACACAACCAGUGACUAUCUGAGGUGGAAUUUGAAUUCAAGUACACCUGAUUCCAUGCCUGACACUAUCCACUGAGUUGCCUACCUAACCCAUUGUUUUUAGUUUCUAGACAAUAAAUCAAAGAUUAGAUGAGCUGUCAGGAACAAUGACAUAACAACAUUGCUUGGGGUCACUAAUGUUCCUUCCGACAUCAACUUAUGGAUUUUGUGACAAAAUGGAAUUUGGUCAGUCUGCCUAGCUCAGUCCCUUGAGAGCUUUAUAAGAAAUUGAUUGAAACAUGGCGGCGGGGGAGCUAGCAGCUGAGGCUUUCCCCAUAUGGUGAGCUUGAGAGCUAGCGGGUCCACUCGGACUCAGCCUCGCCCCAGCAGCUGAAUGCUCCUAUACAGAUUAAUAACAACACUGCAUGAUGGUGGACCCAGAAGAGGAGGAAACUAUGGAAGAAAUUACAUUUAAAAGUGAUACUGUGCUGUCUGAUGUACAUAUAAACACCCCAAACAAAAGGCACCUCAUGAUGCGCCUGAAUGCUGUUGGCUAACCUGAGCACACCAUGGCCACCCCUCUUGAAGAUGUUGGUAAACAGGUAUGGCGAGGAGCUUUCCUUCUAGCUGACUACAUCCUGUUCCAAUGUGACCUAUUCAAAAGUUGCACUGUGCUUGAGCUUGGGGCAGGAACUGGGAUUGCCAGCAUCAUCACAGCAACGGUUGCUAAGACUGUUUACUGCACAGAUGUGGGUGAAGAUCUCCUGGCUAUGUGUGAACAGAAUGUUGCCCUAAACAGGAAACUAACUGCAACAGCAGGAGGUGCAUUUAAAGUUAAAGAACUGAAUUGGCUGAAAGAUGAGUGCACUGAUCCUCAAGUUCCAUUCAGUUUGUCUGAAGAAGAAAUUUCUGACUUAUAUGCUCAUACUACUAUCAUAAUGGCAGCUGAUAUUUUUUAUGAUGAUGAUCUCACAGAUGCUUUAUUUAAAACACUCUACAGAAUUACUCACAAUUUGAAAAAUGCUUGUACAAUCUACUUAUCAAUAGAGAAAAGACUAAACUUCACACUUAGACAUUUGGACAUUACAUGUGAAGCUUACAAUCAUUUUCGAUUUUCCCUAAAUGAUCUAGAGAAACUCAGAGAUGGCAAAAUGAAGUUUAUCGUAGAGCCAAUUGAAACUACUUUCCCCCAGUUCCUUGUUUAUGAACGUAUAGAGCAGUUGGAACUCUGGAAGAUUGUUGCUGCACCAAUAAGUUGAUCUCUCAUGUGAACAAGGCUGAAGAUAUUCCCCUAAGUCAGUUUAUUGCAGUUCUUCCUAAACUGUAUUUUUAAUGAAAUCAAAAGCUACAAAACUAUUUGCUUUAGUUUAUAUAAUUAAAAAUGAUUAAUGUGCCUGAUACAAUAAAA